AUGGAUGUGAUACGAGAUUUCAAGCUGGACGUCCUCACAAUAAUAUCUCAGCACGAGCAUUGGCUGCCGCUAUGUCUGCCAGUAGUGAUAGAUUCACAAAAUCAAAUUCAGAGGGUAGUGAACCAGCCAUUGUACUCUGAUUGGGGUGUAACUUCAGGUCCUAGUUCUCGAUUUUUGCCUCGAUUUCUCAAUCAGGUUUUCCAACCAUCUGCAUCUUCCAUUGAUAAACAUCGCUGUAACGAUUUUCAUAUACUGUUUUCAAGCAAUGUGGUGUUAAGCUUCCUUAUACUUUCAGAUGCAACAUGCUCUGAAGAAUGGUAUUUGAAUGCGACGUACGUUUCUCAUCAUUUUCCUUCCGGAAUAAUUUUUCAGCAUAGACUUGGGAAUCUAUGUUUUGAUCGGAUUGGAUUCCAUAUCAAGGCACAUGGUUGGGCAAAUGCGCGUCUCAGGUCAUAA